AUGGACCAGGACAACGCCGUCGGCGACAGCAUGGACGACCUGCUCGGCACCGGGAAGGCCAACGGGAUCUCUGAUGAGGUCGUAAAGUGGUACAAGGACCGGGUGGCCAAAGAGACAUCGAGACGACAGGCCGUUGAAUUGAGCUGCUACUGGUCGUUGUGCGACGGAUCGUGCACGACGGGCUACUUUAACGUGGCCGAGGCCUGCGGCUCGGCUUCGGGCCUCCAGAGCGAAGCUUGA